AUGGUGGUGACCGUAUUGGACGAUCAGCUGAGCAGAGUGCGGGCUCGAAUUCAAUCAGUGAUAAAGAAGGAUACGUAUUCUGGCCGUGCCAUCGCUUACGGAUACGUCAACUGUGAUUCUCCUGGACAUAUUCGUGUCACAACAUCGAGUGGGAAGCCAGUCCUCCGGGACUCUACUAUGAUCCAAGCUAUCAUGCCGAUGGCAGAGAAUCAAGAGGCAUGGGAAGAAUGGAAGGCUUUGAAGGAAGACAAAGUCACACUCAAGCGGGACAUCGCUGCUUGCUUUGAGAAAGGCAGUAUUAAAGGGCUAGAACUCAUUAUCAAUGAGAGCGACUGGUACUUCUAUCCUGUCUAUAUGCUUCCUCCUGAGGGAAGAUGGAGCAAGGGGAGAGUGUUUCUUCUAGGGGACGCCGCUCAUGCUAUGCCACCUCAGGGCGAAAGUACCGGUAUCGCGAUUGAAGACGGUGUCCUAUUCGCACACGUACUUGGCGAGGGGAUAGCAAAGGGUGUCCCUUAUGUGACGGAAGCCUGCGAAGUCCUAAGACGGCAUGGCAUUGAGAAGAUGCACGCUGAGACGAUGUUUCGCUGGAACGCUGGAAGUUCGCCUUCGUGGCCAUGGAAUUUGCUACUUGGGCCUAUAUUCUUCUUCCCAACCAUCGACAGAAAGAUUACUUUAAAUGGGAUACAGGCUUAUUAA